GGGAACGGUUAAGCCAUGGAUUCUCCUGGUGACCUCCUCCUUAAAUAGUUUUCCACAUUUCUGUUAAAAGCAUCUGACACUCACAUCUUCUACCACUUCUGUCUUAGGACACAUUAGUGAACUCCUACUAAUGACUUCAAAGAAAAAUAUUAAUUAUAACCCCAUGAAGAAGCUAGGCAAGCAAUCUUCCAGUAUCCCUGAAUUAACAUGGAUAUCUCAGGAAGAUGAAGAAAAAUACAGAGCUCUAACCGAGAUCACCAGUCACAGUCGCAGACUCCCUUCCUGCCACCAGAAAACUACAUCAACAUUCCCACCAUCUCCCUACAUAUGGAGAAAAUCAACCCCCAGGGAUCCCAGGAACUCCAGCCAUUUAAUGAGAAGCUCAAAUAUCUGCAUGGUACAAGACUUGAAGAUUCCACAGAAGGACUGGGAGUCCUGUAACAUUAGACAGCGUAGAGUACAAUUCCCAGCACCUCAGAUGCCUGUGGAGUGCGUUAUAGAUCUCAUGAAAUGGCAGAGGCUAAAGGAUCUCACCCGCAGCCUGAGUUCUUCCAUAGAGGAUGAACAGAUCUAUGCAGCCCAGGCCUUGGGUAAUCUGAGAAUCAGCAAGGAGUUCAUCAUGGAAGCACUCUGGGUUAUGGCCCAGGUAGGUUCUGAGAGAGUGAGGUAUGAAUGCUGCAGAACCCUUGCUCUUCUAGGCUGCCUAGAUAAAUUUGUGAUCCUGUCUCUCAUCGAACAUCUAAAGGGAUGCUGCCUUAAUCGGAGGAUGGACACCUUGAUGGGGCUUCAUAUGGCCCUCAAUGCCUGGAUCAUGGACUCCAAAAACAAACGGGAGCCUAUAGGAGCCAAGAACACACUGAUGAAGAUCCUGAAGUCGCUGAUAAAGGGGAAGAGUGCCCUGGAUGAUGUGGCCCUGGAAGCAGCUAUGUGCCUGAGUUUCCUUGACCAUGAAAAUCCCAUAGCCUGUGAGUUCCUACUCCAGUGCCUGACCCAAGGAGAUAUGAAGAGGAAGAUGAAGGCAAUGAUGGUGUUAGUGAAGCUAAUGAAGAUAUAUACCUUGCCCAUCCUCCAAGGUGCCAUGGAUCAACUAAGGAACUCUUGUGUGAAAAAGCACCGUUUAGAAGCCAUAAAACUGCUUAAGAUUUUUGGACUAGAGAAGAUUCAGAAGUUGGGGAUGGAAAAUGAAGUCUUUGAGCUACUUAGGUGGAAGGUUCAUGAGGAUCCCUUCCAAGAAGUAAGAGAAGCUGUGGCAGAAGUAGUGGAGGCACUAAAAAUGAAGUCUAUGAUGCUGAACAUCAUGGAGUCGGAGCUUAAUGAUGCCAGUGCUUUGGUACGUCACCAGGCUGUCGUAUCCAUUGGUGUUCUGGGCAUCCGCAAUUCACACAUAUUCCAUUUCCUUCUGGACAUGUUGGAUCUGGAAAGGAAUCAAAUGGUGAGAAAAGAGCUGGAAAAAAUACUCAUUAACCUAUCCAAGAAAGAUCCCUGGGUCAGGGCAAAACUUCAGGAUUGGAAGUUCCCGGUGGAGGAAGAGAAACAGCUCAUGCCACAAAAGGGCAAAGACAAGUCUUCAAAGCUUCAAAAGAUGAGAUGGGGAAUCGAGGACCCAAAGAAGUCUGUGUUUGGAAGCCUGAGCUCCUUGAUCCCUCAAAAAAUGUUUAGACGGAAAAAAGUAGUGGUGGAAAAGGAAAGCUCAGAAUUUGAUUUUCCUAUCAAAGGUAUUGCUUUAGCCUCUGACUACCCACCCUGUGUCAAAUUACGUGACAAAAAGGAUCAUCUUAAGAGACCCUGGGAUUCCCCAGUCAUCAGGAAGCACCUCAAGCAACUUGCUUCCCAUUGAGUCAAGGCAAGUAUGUCCUAACAACUCCCCUUCCACAUUAACUUUACUCUUCUCCCCACCACCUCCAUUUUCUCUGUGACAGCAGAUUUCCAAGCCUGUCUCGUAAAUGAGUUAAUAAAUAACAAA